AUGGACCCAAGAGUACCUCUUGGAUUGUGUCAGCUCUGGCUCUUGCCUGAAGGAUCAUAUAUUUUUUCUAAUUUUGUUUCCGUAGGUCUGGAAGUGGUAUGUGAUAAAUGUGAACUGCGAUGGUGUUUUCCCUGUCACGGACCCUGGCACGAAGGGUUGUCCUGUAAGGACUAUCGUAAAGGGGAUCGCCUACUGCAGAUGUGGGCCCUGGAAAUGAAAAGUGGUCAGGUGAAUGCCCAAAGAUGUCCCAGAUGUAAGAUAUUUAUUCAGAGAACCUCUGGCUGUGAUCAUAUGACUUGUUCCUCCUGUAAGACGAGUUUUUGUUAUCGAUGUGGAAAACGCUAUCGUAGUUUGAAGAUGUUUGGAAACCAUUUUAGUCGGUACAGCUUGUUUGGGUGUAAAUAUAAUUUGUUGCCGCAGCGACCGGGAGCUAGGAGAUUUGUCAGAGGGGCUGUGUUUGGUAUGUAUUCAUUUUCUUGUGGGCUGGGUUUGAUAUAA